ACAGGCAAAAAUUGGGUCACUUUUUUUAACAACUUUCUUUUUAACAACAACUCUCUUGUAUAUCUUCAAGUGAAUCGCAGCCCAUACGUUUGAAAGUGACCGUCAGCUAACGAAAUCACUAAAUGGAGAACAGAAAAAGGCCCAGCUUGACAGCCGAUCACUACGAUGUAUUCUUAGCGCACAGCUUUAAGGACCAAUAUGCAGUGGAACAGACGCUGCAGAUGCUAGAAGAACGUGGGCUUAACUGCUGUUAUUCUAGGCGAGAUUUUUUGCCAGGGUAUUCCACCAUUGCCUGCAUCGAAGACGCCGUACUCGCCGCCAGGUUCACUCUGGUGUUCGUCUCUAGGGAAUUCCUCACGAGCCCCUGGUGUCAGCGCGAGCGCCAAAUAGCGGAGGAAAAAGCUGCCGAGACGAGUGAUGUAGUUGUGAUACCGAUUCUUGUCGACGUCCACAAAAAGGAACUGCCCAUUAGUUUCAAAGCGCUGACCUACGUCGAGAUGGCGGACCCCGGUGCGUUCAUCAAACUUUGCCUGCGCUUAGGGGUGCCAGAUUUGCCCCUUCGCCCCACAUACAAGCAGCUUGAGGACCAAAUCACAGAGCUGAAGACCGAAGUACGUUAUCUCUCCGACAACGCUCAGCAUCAUCAGCGGCUCUACGAUACUCUUCAGUGUCGUCUUCAAGACUCAAACAUGAUGGUAAAACGCCUACAGAGAGAGCUGCAUAAUCUACGCAAAGUUAUUAAACAACUGUCAAAUCCGCAUCACACACCAAAGCUAACCGACAAGCCAAAGAUCCAGAAAAACGAAAGUGAAAGUGAUGUUGCUAACGUCGAAGAAAUGAGUCAACCGAAAGAGCAACGGGUGCCCUGUGGAACGUAUGAACAAGUCUCCUGUGAAGUUGAAAUAAACACUCCAAACUUUUUCUUUGCACCAUAUCAGCAGAUGGACAGGACCAACGUGGAUGCUCUCCUCGCAGCCUUCAUGAAUGCCAAACAUCUUGGUGAUAAGGCCAUGGAAGAAAACCAAUCGGCCAUCGCCGUGCAAUUUUACGGAAAGGCCCGAGAGAUGCAACAGAAAAUCCCUGACAUGAUCGAGAAACGCGACACCUGCAAUCUGCUGAUCAGUCUUGGCAUUGCUUGUGUUGAGACAGAGUGGUACCCGGCUGCUUUAGACAGCUUCUCUACCGCAAUUUGUCAGCUUGAACGUGAUCAUGUCUAUGGUAAAAGAUCUUCCAGCCAAAAGAUAUCGGCCUGCCAUCAUUAUUGUGCGUUAGUGCUGAAAAGAAUCAAGCGACCUCAUCAGGCACUCCAGCAUUACGAGAAGGCACUUGCAAUUGAGAGAAACCUACGCGGUCCAGAUACACGCGAAAUCGUCGCCCACACGCUCCUGUGCCUUGGUGAAAACUACCUCGAGGUCAACAAAGAGGAAGAGGGGCAAGUAGUGCUGCAAGAGGCUUGUCAGAUAGAAAGGUCGCUACACCGCCGAAGCCACAGUCACAUAAAAAGGGUGGCCAAAGUACUUUCUGUAUCUUCGAACCGUCGUGCAAACCGGAAGAUGUAACGCUUGAUUAUUAAUUGAUGAUAUACCCGGAACCCGAUUUUAGCCGCUGUGACUGCAUAUAUAUUAUUGGUCAUAUAGAUGUGGCUACAUUGUAAAGAAAGUAUGUUCAAUGUCUUGACGAUAAUCUUAGUCAUAAUGAUCAAUAUUUAGUCAAAUAACUUUUUAAUACUUGAAUAACGGUUGUCCGUACACUGUCUAUAUGUUGAAUAACGGUUGUCCGUACACUGUCUAUAUGUUGACCAAACAGUGAUAUUCCAGAGUGUAAAAGAUUUCACCCUCCAACGUAUGUAUCGCCACAACCUGGACGAAGUCAAGAAUUCUUACGGAGAAAGAGGGACGGCUAUGUAACCAUGGAAUGUCAGCUGAAAUCUCACAUAUCAGGCCCGUAGCCAGGGGGGGUUCGGGGGGUUCGAAAGAACCACCCCUUUUG